AUGGCAUUCAAACUCACUGAUAAGCAGAAGGUGUCGCUGGCAAUUGUCAUCACUUUCUCCUUUUUUGUCUUGGCAUUCAAAACAAGGAGUUUGGCUCUUAUGGCCGACGCCUUCCACUACUUAAAUGACUUCGUCGGCUUUGGUGUGACCCUCACCUCUAUCAUCAUCUCGAGUCGUACAGAAUUCCGUCAGGAUUUAUCCUUUGGCUGGCAACGCGCUCGUCUUCUUGGGGCCUUCUUCAAUGGCUCCUUCCUGCUUGCUUUGGGAAUCAGCAUCCUUCUCCAAUCCAUCGAGCGCCUUGUCUCGAUCGAGCAUGUUGAAGAGCCAAAGCUGGUGUUCAUCUUGGGGUGUGUUGGUUUUGGCUUGAAUGUUAUCACUGCCGCAUUUUUGCACGAGCACCAUCACCAUCACUCUUCUAAAGAUACAGAACAGGGGCUUGAGGCUGGAGAUAACACUGAGUCUCCAGCUUCGGUGACGGAUGAUCUACACCACCAGCAUCGACACGUUGGUCUCGCUAUCAAACGCCCUGGCCGAGAUCUAGGUAUGCUGGGUGCGUUACUUCAUGUCGUUGGAGACGCGCUGAACAACCUGGGUGUCAUUGUCGCUGCCCUUGUCAUCUGGCUAUCACCCUCUUCUGACAGAUAUUACGCUGAUCCAGCUAUUGGACUGAGUGCUCCUGAGGGAGUCAAUCUCACCGAUAUUAGGCAUGACAUCGAGAAGAUCCCUGGCAUCCACUCAGUCCAUGAACUUCAUGUCUGGAGACUUGACCAGAAAAAGGCCAUAGCCUCGGCGCACAUCAUCGUCUCAAAUCCAGAUGUUGCCAGUUUCAUGGAGCAGGCAAAGACAAUUAGCCAGUGCCUUCAUGCAUAUGGCAUCCAUUCCACAACACUCCAGCCAGAGCUUAUUCAAAGUCUUGACACUAUCACGGUCUCGGAUCCAGCAAGCGUCACAGACACGACGGUUGUUCCGGAUGGUGAUGCUAUUAUUGAGGAAGACAGCCGUGGUGGCACCAAAAUAGCUGGUCACAAUCCUCCUACAUGCCAGAUUGUGUGUGGCAAAGGCUUGUGCAACCAUCUGACAUGCUGCAACAGGCCGAAGGAGUGA